AUGGAAUUAAUUCGACAUCUACCCUAAUUGAGGGUUAAUAUAAAUACCUCUUGUAAAAUUUGUGAACCCUUAUUAGAGGACUUACAGUGUAUUCAUCACUGCUAAUUUAUUAUAGCGCUUCUUCCUUUCUAAGAUUUUUUCAACUGUGUCUAAAGAAGAAGAGCCUUUAUUUCUUUACUUUUUAAUUUACUUUAUUAGUUAAGACAACUUUUAAUUGAAUUGCCACUAGCUUUAUUAGAAAUAAUGACUCCUUUUGAAAAGAAAAAGAACUCUAGGCAUUGUUUUUAUUUUAACAAUCUACGAAUUAUUAUCUCAAAACGAUACUAAGCUAUACUUUACACAAUACCUAAUUCAUUUAAUCAAAAAAAAAAAAAAAUCAGAAAAAAUAAGCACAGAUAUUAUCAUAUUUAGAGAUAAAUUUUUCUUUACAUACAUUAUAAAAAAUUAUUUAUUAAUUAAAAAAUGAAGAAAAAUAGUAAUAUAAAAAGUAAAUAAUUAGAAAUUAUGAAAACAAGUGACUUUAUUAAAGGCUUAGUUAUUAAAUAUAUGGAUAGCAGUAACUAUUCAAGAAUAACAUCAGAGAAAAUAUCACAGAUUAUAACCAAAUAUUAAAGACCAAAUUAAAAGGUUGAUGAAAGGUAUUAGUCUUAAUUUAAUGUCUCUCAUGCAACCUAUUUAAAAAUUUAUGAAUAAUUUAAACCAUCUUUGUCUUAUUAGUAUAGAAGAACAUAAAAUGGUGGACUAAAUCAAAGUAACGUAAUGCUAAAAUAUAAGAAUUUAAAUUAUAUUUAAUUAUUUCAAUAAAUACAACUUUUAAAAAUUUAUCUAAAUAGUAGGUACUAACUAUAUAAUAUUAAUUUAUACUAAUUUUUGUUUAUAUAAAAUUAUUUUAGUUUUUUUUCAUUUUAAUUACAUUGA